GACUCUGGAAAAAGACGGUCUUCCUGUCACCUCCGACACCACCCCUCGUUCGUUAACUACGGAGUAUACUGUUUCUUCAGCAAGAGUCUGCUGGAUUACAGCCACGUUCAAAAUGUUCAAGCCUUCGCAACCGAUGAUGGCGCGAUUGCGCCUGACAACCAAGCAGGUCAACGGCGGCUACUACAAGGGAACCCGGAGCGGUUCGAUGGGUUAUUUCGCAAAGAACGGCUCUUAUGUGAUCGACUGGAAGAAAGUCCGGACAUACGUUGUACCUGAAGACCUCGACCAGUUCAAGCUUACUCCGUUCGUGACCAAGGCUAUGACCCCGACGAAGAGCAGAUAUACCGACGAGGUCGAGAAGGACGGCAAAUUUGUUACACGAGAGAAGGCGUUUGAAGGAAAGGACUACCUCGAGUUAUGGACAUCGGAUAAUGGACAAGAGGUUCUUGAGAUGGAGCGUCUUGAUCGUGUGGAACCAGAGGCGAAGCCCGCUCAAUAGACGGGCUUGUUAUGAAGAGAAUACGAUAAUGCUGAACGAGACUAAAAGACUCCACUAUCCACAUUAUUAUUCGUUUGGAAUUCACCAUGUUGUCUAAGCCCACAAGAUGACAUGGUUCACCUUACCGUUUGUUUGCUCGCUGGCCGAUCACAUCUCAUCUUCCGUGUACUAUAUAUGUACAGUAUGUCUGGAAACGCGGCACUUUUGACGGCACGCUACUUCUGUUACUG